AUGUCGAUGAAUAAUCCAGCUCCGUCUCCGCAGGCACCCAUGGCCGCCCCACUCGACGCAAGCGCUACUGUCCACCCAAGGGAAAAUCUCGCAGUUAGUGCACCGCCAGGUGCAACGGGAGCCGGCCACAAUAAGCGCCUUCCCGAGGAACUCGCUGAAUUUCUGCACACACAGCCGCCUCGCAUGGAGACAAUCAAUGAGCGCAAACAGCUCUUCUGCACGCGCUUGUACAUGACUCCUCCGCGAGUGCUGGCUACUGAAGGCGCAGAACGGCGCGGCGAAACUCUCGGUGCAAGCCUCACAGCGACUGGUACCACGUCCAACGAUUCUGUCGUCGGGGCUCCCUUGCUGCGUUCCCCGCCGCCCGCUGUCCUGCCUGCAGCUGGUGCGCCAGCAUCUCUCAAAAUAGCUAAGACGGUACCGUUCUCGGAGGAGGAGCACCUUGCAUGGCUCUGUGCACCAGCCUCGCCGACAGAGAGCCGCACAAGCGCGGCGGUGCCUCCGGAGGCGGCGGCAUCUUCCCGUGGCCUCGCCCGCACUGAGAGAAUUUCUCACGCACAAAGUGAGGGGGUGCGCAGGCACGAACCCGACCGUCGCGCUGUUGGCGCGACGGCAACUCAACAACCCCACCUCUCUCACGGAGCUUCGGAUGCGCAUGGGAACGAUGCACCUGCUCGUCUACAGGGCCUGGUGGCGGCAUCGAUGGCAACCGCGCCGAACCCAGCCACGCCGUUGGCGCUGCAGCAUGGGGAAAUCAGCUACAAGAGCAGCUUCUCUGUUCUCACGUCGUGGGACGCAUUGAUGGUGGCGCCGCCGCUACUGCGCACCACGCCCCGCAUGCCGAGCCUCUUGACCCAAGAUGUCGAGAACAUUGGCACCGCUGCUAUGCACUUGAACAGGUCGACCACGGUAACCCACGCGUGUGCGAGCGACGAUGUUGCGCGUAUACCGUCAACGGGCUCACGUGCCGAGUUGCUCAUCGGCACCUCGCCUGCCACGGAAAAGGGCGAAGCGAGACAAGAAGAGGCACGCGCUGACGCGGUACUGCAGCAGCCUGUCUUCCCAUCUUCGUGCUGCACCCGCUCUCCCACCACAGUCCCCUCUAGACUGAAAUACGACGGGCACGGGUUGUCGCCCGAAGACUCAUUGCAUCAGGUCGAGGAGGAUAGCGCGCGUACCUUUGUAAAGCACUUCACGAACGGCCUUGUGUUCGUCGACCCGCCGUGGUUCAUCUGCCCAGUGCUGCUGGACAACUGCGAACACCCAUACUACAUGACAUGGCUGGAUGAGCUCGAAGUCGGCUCCGUGGAGGAGGCGGUGGCAGAGACCAAGGCAAAGCUGUUGACAGAUGCGUAA